UAUUUUGUUCAAAUAGAGUAAAAAGUAUUUUAAUUCGAUGUUCUUUAAUGAUGAACUUUGAUCUCGGCAAAAUUUAUGUAAACAAACAUGUUCCCAAAAGUAGGCGUUCCCCUAACGGUACUAUACUAAAGUGCGUAACGUUACUAAGUAGAGAUGGCAGGUGUAAAAUUUGUUCUUCUCUUGUUCUCAGCUAUCUUUGCGCUGUCUCGUGAAGAAGGAGUAGAUCUAAAUGGCGAAUGGAAUGUAGAAAGCAGCACGAGUGACAUCAAGAUCCGGGGAACGGUACCAGGGUGUAUCCACACAGAUCUUGUGGCCGCAGGGAAAAUAGGAGACCCGUAUUAUCGCUUCAACGAUGUGGACUACCGAUGGAUCGCCAAGGAAAACUGGACCUACACCCGUGAAUUUGACGUGCCGGGAGGAAUGCUGGACUUUAAUGAGCUGCUGCUCCUCUGUGAGGGAUUGGAUACCGUCGCGACGAUUUAUGUCAACGGAAAGUUCGUCGGACGGUCUGACAACAUGUUUAAGAGGUACAUGUUCGACCUGAAGUCUGUGCUGAGGUCGGGUAAGAACGCCAUUGCCGUAAACUUCACAUCUGCCAUAACGUACGCCAUGGAGAAAAACGCAAGCCACACACAGUACAUGGUACCUCCAGACUGUCCCCCGGCUGUACAGAAGGGAGAAUGUCAUCCCAACUUCAUAAGGAAGGAACAGUGUUCCUUUAGCUGGGACUGGGGACCAGCAUUCGCGACACAGGGUAUCUGGAAGAACAUCAGUGUCCAGGGCUAUGACAGUUCCGUCAUCAGAGAUGUCCUUAUCACAACCAGGAAAGGAGACGAUAGAUCUGUCUCCUGGCAGCUUGAUGUCAAUGUAUUCAUGGACGUCGCCACCACAACGGCCGGCACACAUCUCACGGGAACGCUCAACGCACAGCUGGACGGGUUUAAAUCUUCCGUCAGUAAGGCCGUUACGCUUUCUGCUCCAAAGGACAGCGUAACGCUUACGAUGAAUAUCAGUUCAGACACUAGCGUUGAGAAGUGGUGGCCUGUGGGUUAUGGCAGACAGAUGUUGUACAACCUGACGGUGUCUUUCAGCAACAAAGAAUUUGGAGAAGGGCCGGCCAAAACUGUGAAGUUCGGUUUCCGCACGGUAGAACUUGUGCAGGAGAAGAUACCAGGAUCCACUGGUCUCAGUUUCUACUUUAAAAUCAACGACUUACCAAUAUUCAUGAAGGGGUCUAACUGGAUUCCAGCGGACGCCUUCAAAAAUCGCAUCACUACAGAGUACACCAGGUACCUGUUACAGUCUGCUGUUGACGCCAACAUGAACACCCUACGGGUGUGGGGCGGAGGGAUAUACGAACAUGACGACGUGUACGACAUCGCCGACGAACUCGGCAUCAUGAUAUGGCAGGACUUCAUGUUCGCCUGCGCCAUGUACCCGGCAGACGACGACUUUCUCGGCAACGUACGCGAAGAGAUACAACAACAGGUUGUACGAAUAGGUAGCCAUCCCUCCGUCAUAGCUUGGAGCGGCAACAACGAAAACGAAGCCGCCCUUGCAGCAAACUGGUAUGGUACUGACAACUCCUCCUGGCUUUAUUACACCUUCCGUGCAGACUACGUGAAGUUGUACAUUGAUGUAAUAAAGACACAGGUCACGUCUCUCGACCAAUCACGUCCGUUCAUCAGUUCAAGUCCGUCCAAUGGCAAAGAGACAGAGAUGGAGCAUUCGGUAGCACUUAACCCUUACGAUAACCACUACGGUGACGUCCAUUACUACAACUAUUUGACCGACUGCUGGAAUUGGACCACGUUCCCGAAGACCAGGUUCGCAUCUGAGUACGGCUUCCAAUCAUGGCCGUCUUUUCAUACCUUGAAGAAUGCAUCAAAGGAAGACGACUGGACAUUGGAUAGCGACUUCAACGCACAUAGGCAGCACCAUGGAGACGGGAACGCUCAGAUGAUGGACCAAGUGAUGCUGCACUUUCCUCUACCUACAGGCGGCGAUCCGAUACAACAGUAUAAGGACUUCAUUUACAUGUCACAGAUCGCACAAGCCAUGUGCAUCAAGACGGAGAGUGAGUUCUACCGGAGAAGUCGAAGUGAGAUAGUGAAUGGAGUGGGCCACACCAUGGGCGCCCUGUACUGGCAACUCAACGACAUUUGGCAAGGGCCAACGUGGUCAUCAUUGGAAUACGGAGGUAGGUGGAAAAUGCUCCACUACUACGCUGCGAAGUUCUUCGCCCCGGUCAUGACUGUCAUCUUCGAGGACAAAGAACAGCUGAAGGUGUACGCUGUGUCAGACUUGGCCAUCAAACAAAACCAAGUUACCUUACAGCUACAACUCUGGAUGUGGUCAAGUUUUACGCCUCUCCAAGCCUGGACCGUGACCUUUGACAUGGACGCUAACUCUGCAAUGAUAGUCUUUAACAAGACUACAGCCCAGCUCCUCAAGAGUGGGGGUUGUCCCGCACGGGAGGCCUGUUACUUCACCAGCGCUGCAAACCUGAACAAGACUCGGUUAUUCGGCCCCGUAAAUGCACAUUUCCUGACGUCCUUUCAGUCGGCAAAGGGGCUCACGAAGGCUAAGAUAACAGUUACUAACGUCACAAUUCUUCCUGAUGCAUCAAAGGCGAAGGCAGCUACCACCCUGCGGCUAGAAUUGAAGACGACGGCGCCUGCACCCUUUGUUUGGCUCGAUGCCGGAGACGUGGAGGGAAGGUUCUCCGAUAACGGGUUCUUGAUGAACGUUGAGACGAUGACACUUGAGUUUUAUGCGCGUGCGAGCGUGGCAGUCGCCAUGUUUCAGAAGGAAGUGACUGUGCAGUCACUAAUGGAUAUCGAAAGGGAACGCUGAUAGCUUAAGCCUCAUGCGCACACGUUCUUGGUAACUGGCAGUUUUCUGUGACUUAUUUUGCACUGUUUUAAUAGAACAUUCUUAUACGAUCAACACGUGUCUGUGCGCCAACCCCCAAGCUAAAUUAGAAUGCAGCGCAAGUCAUCCAAAAAAGAAAACUUCCAGCCGCCCAGAACGUCUGCGCAGCAAGAGGCUAGGCCGUCCUCGCGGAUUAAGUGUUGAGGGUAUUUACAUAAUGUCAGUUAAUCUUACCCCAUUUCGUAUGGAUUUGAUGAUCUAUGCUCCAAGUAGUUUAUGGCAGUGACAUUUUUUGACACCUUUUUUUGCCCGCGACUCGAAAUUCACCAAAAUGUUUGCAUUGAGUCUUAGCCGUGUGACACUAUACUACAAGUCUUCAUAUUGCGUUUUCAAAUUGUACGGUACAGUUGAAUGAAGAUAAACAUACUACGGCCAAUUUGGUGUGAGGGGUAGGAGUGUAGUUUCGCUAUCUAUCAUUUUUUAACUGCACGGAAACUAUAGACGAGGAUAACUAAAAAGGUAGUUGGGAUUUUUAGCAUGAAAAUAGCUUAAGCUAUUAUUUUCAUAUAUACAUAAUUAUCAAUUAUGCAAAUAACGAUCUACAAGUAAUUUGUGUGGUUGAUAAUUACAGUUUAUUAUGCCGCUGUAUUCUAUGAUAGGAAAUUGAUUACUAUAUGGAACAUAAGCAAAUAAGAAGCGCCUUAUAAUUUCAUCCAUUAUGUAAUACAGAAAGAGUUGUUUGCAAACAUGAUAUCGGGGACGAUUUGACGUGAGAAUGUGCAAUGUUAGAUCAGGCGUUACACUCAUCUAUAUUCUGUAUUUAGCAUUGCAAAGGAUCUAUUUAAUUGUUCCGUAAACUCGAUCGCGUGAUCUAGAAGAAAGUAUGUAAUGCAGCCUGCAGACACAACACGACCAAUACAUUGAAAAAAAAAUGUUAAAAAAUGAUCUAGUUCUUUAUAUAACGUUAAUCAUAUUGUAAACACGUACUUUUAUU